UCAGGGAGAGGAGGAGAGGGAGAGAGAGCAGAUCAAAGAGAGGGAGAGGGAGAGAGAGCAGGAUGAGUCAGGCGAGCAGAUUCAAGCGGAUGUGCGUCUUCUGCGGCAGCAGCCAGGGCAACAAGAGCAGCUACCACGACGCCGCCAUCGACCUCGCCAACCAGCUCGUGGGUGGGGGCAUCGACCUGGUCUACGGCGGCGGCAGCAUCGGGCUGAUGGGGCUCGUCUCCCAGGCCGUCUACCACGGCGGCAGGCACGUCAUCGGGGUCAUUCCCAAGACUCUCAUGACACCCGAGAUCGUCGGGGAGAUGGUGGGGGAGGUGAGGCCGGUGGCCGACAUGCACCAGCGGAAGGCCGAGAUGGCCAGGCAGUCGGACGCCUUCAUAGCCCUGCCUGGAGGGUACGGGACGCUGGAGGAGCUGCUGGAGGUGAUCACGUGGGCGCAGCUAGGAAUCCAUCACAAGCCGGUUGGUCUGCUGAACGUGGAGGGGUACUACGACUCGCUGCUCACCUUCAUCGACCAGGCCGUGGAGGAAGGCUUCAUCAACCCCGCCGCCCGCCGCAUCAUCGUCUCCGCCCCCACCGCCCACCAGCUCAUGGAGAAGCUCGAGAAGUACGUGCCUUACUACGACAUGGUCGCGUCCAGGCUGGACUGGAAGACGGAUCGCCUAGAGUUCUGAUCAUGGAGCAUGCAUUCUUCAUUUCUCUCAGCGUGGUGCAUGCAUGCAUGGAUGCAGAUCGAAGGAAUGAUUUGCUGAAGAUUAGCGUAAAAUAAUUAGUAGCUAGUUCAGUUGUACUCGACCGGUCUCGGUGGCAUACGGGCUUCUUCUGUAAGGGCGUGGUCAGUAUGAACUUUCGAUAGGUAGCUAGGUGUCAACCUUUAUAUAUCUUGAUUAAGUAUCCCUCCAAAAAACAUCUUGAUUAAGACAUUA